AUGCCUCGCACCAACCUGAAGCGUUCUCCCGCGACGUCCACUGUUCCUGGAGCCGGUACGGGUGCAGGCGCUUCGACGAAGUUGAAUACUUUGUCUAUAUUGUCGUCGCCGCAGAAAGUAAGCACCGGGACCACCGACUCCCCGCUACGCCCGUCCCAGAGUGUGCACUUCUCCAAGACCAGCGACAAUCGGAAGUACAAGAACAAGGAUAUCGAGAUGAAAGUCCCAUCGAGAGCUGUCAUACCUACGUCAACAAGGAGCUUCAUUCCUGGGGACCAAGAGUCGUUUGACGAGAGUUCUUCGUCCAGCAGCUCGAGCUCUUCAGAGUUCAAGGGGAAGAAAACAAGAACCCGCGCGAAAGGUGGAAGCAAGGGGUCCUCUAAGCGUAGGUCGCGGGAAGCACUGCCAGGGAGCCGAGGCGUCCAUUCGAUAAACGCCCGAAAAGCCUCGAGUAAACCAAGUCCUCGGAAAAUCGUUGGUCGGGAGCACAGAUCCACGGACACUGCUUGUUACCCGUCCCGAAAAAGUUCAAGUGACGAAGCUAGCAGCUCGGAUAGCAUGUAUUCCACAUUUUCGACCACUACCAGUUCCCCUUCUACCGAGGAGAAGUCGUGA